AUGUCUUUUGUGCCCAAUGAAAACUCCCACGAUGCCAGACCGCGAACAUUGAAGUCCACCCGCGCUGCCUUAAACAAUGUUACAAACACCACCAUUGCCCAAGAAGCAAAAACAUCGAAUUCGAGUGCCCGCUCGUUGGGUAAAGCGCUACGCACCGCAAGGUACAGGCUGCAAAAUGCUAAAUCAGCCGGCUCUCUGAUUCCACAAGCGAGACGUGAGGAAAAUGAACUAGAAGGCUCGUCAGUAACUUCAAAAAACCCAAAUCGGUCCAGUAUGAGCUCCAUAAGCACCACAAAUGUCACAAGUGCAACUUCAUCAGAAGUUGACAAGGAAAACAUGGACCCGUAUGUUAGGAAACUUCCCAGUAUUGAUGAAGAACAACAGCUGUCUCAACCGCAAUCGAUAUCGAGUUCCAAUGACAUGCUCAAUUACAGCACGAACCAAACAAUGCUCAAGGAUGCGGACCACAGUAGUGUGAUGCAAACAGAAAUUCCAAGCAGUAUGGAUGAAGAACAUGCCAAUGAACAACAUCCCGAUGAACUUGCAGAAGCAUUAGGCGAUGUUAGCAAAAAAAGGCCAAUAUCGACGGUGGUAGAACAUGAUGAACCUAAGAAGUUCAAGGUGUGCGCCAAGGGUACAGAGUAUGAGUGGGAAGAUCUUGAUGCUGAAGACGCCAGUGACCCGUUUAUGGUCAGCGAAUACGUCACAGAAAUCUUCGAAUAUUUACACAAACUCGAAAUAAUGACAUUGCCCAACCGCCAUGAUCUUUACAAACACAGUAACAUUCGACAAAACAGAGAUAUUCUAGUAAACUGGAUGGUUAAGAUUCACAAUAAAUUUGGGCUACUUCCGGAGACACUUUAUCUCUCUUUGAAUAUCAUGGACAGAUUUCUCUGUAAAGAGCUAGUACAACUAGAAAAGCUACAACUAGUAGGCACUGCAUGUCUUUUCAUUGCCUCUAAAUAUGAGGAAGUCUACUCGCCCAGCGUCAAGCAUUUUGCAUACGAAACUGAUGGUGCAUGCGAUGAAGAUGAAAUAAGAGAAGGUGAAAAGUUUAUUUUAAAGACACUCGAGUUCAAUCUCAAUUAUCCCAACCCAAUGAACUUUCUAAGAAGGAUUUCGAAGGCAGAUGAUUACGAUAUACAAUCUCGAACGCUUGCGAAAUACCUUUUGGAAAUAUCAGUAAUUGAUUUCAGAUUCAUCGGAGUUUUACCGUCCCUAUGUGCUGCAACGGCAAUGUUUCUUUCAAGAAAAAUGUUGGGAAAGGGAAAAUGGGAUGGUAAUCUGAUUCAUUACAGCGGCGGUUACACAAGAGAAGAGCUCGCUCCCGUGUGCAACAUGGUGAUGGACUAUUUGGUUCAGCCUGUGAUUCAUGAUGAAUUUUUCAAGAAAUACGCAUCCAGAAAGUUCAUGAAAGCAUCGGUUAUUUCAAGACAGUGGGCCAAAAAAGUUGUUGCCCACGGUUACGACAUCAUGACUUUGCAUGAAACUUCAGAAUGA